CAAAACAAAAAUAAUUAGACAAAUUUUAGAUAUGUACUAACAUUAUUUCUUAAUUUAAUCGAUAAGACUAAUUUAAAUCGAUUUUAAACCGACUGAAUGGUUUAAACUGAUUAGAGUUAUAUAAAUCAGAUUUUAUGAAAAUCAUUUCAGCUAUGACCAGUUUGCCGUCUAGAUAAUUUUUUGGCUUUAAUUAGAAAUUUUAUUUUAAUGAAUUAUAUUAAUUAGAUAUGCAAAAAAAAAAAUUAGACAAAUUUGUGGAUAUGUACUAACAUUAUUGCUUAAUUUAAUAGAUUAGACUAAUUUAAAUGUGUUGUUAAAAAAGACUAAUUUAAAUCAUUUUUAAAUCGGUUUAAACCAAUUAAGAAUGGUUUAAACUGACAAGAUUUAUAUAAAUCAUAUUUUAUGAAAAAUCGUUUCGCCUAUGACCAAUUUGCUGUCUAGACAAUUUUUUGGCUUCAGUUAUAAUUUCUUUUUAAUGAUUAUCAAAAUUAGAUAUGCAAAACAAAGGAAAUUAGACAAAUUUGUGGAUAUGUACUAACAUUAUUUUUUAAUUUAAUAGAUUAAACUAAUUUUAAUCGAUUUAAACCUAUGAAGAAUGGUUUGAACCAAUUAGAGUUAUAUAAAGCAUAUUUUAUGUAAAUCGUUUCGGCUAUGACCAGACAACACCUAAACCGAUUUUUAAAACCAUGGAUAUAUCCCAUAAAGCACUUGAAAAUCAUUAGGGUUUUAACAUUUUGUUAAACCCAAAAAAAGAUUUAAAAAAAAAACAUGAAACAAAUUUCUCUCUGACUUCUCUUUCUGCCUCUCUUAGCUUCAUGUACUAAAGAGAAACAGCAGGUUUCUAUAUUUUCUAUCGAAAACUAAUUUGCGAUGGAUCUCAACUCCAGUUUUCAACUAUGCAUCGACUUUUUACCUUAACAUGUUCAGAUCCAUAUCAUUUCUAGUAUUAUUUGUUCAAAUUAUUUCAUAGUUUCUUCAUUCACUAUUCCGCACACCUUUUUUCUUUUGGGUUUUGUAAGUGUAUAGCCUAUUUUAGAGUCACAAAAAGAUGAUAAAACCAGAGGCGGACAAAAGGUUUAACGUACGGGGGCAUGAGCCCCCAUCUAAUUUAUCUUCUAUCUGCCAAGGAAUCAAGGAAGACGUCAAUUUUUGCUAUUCGAUUGCUACAAUCAUACAAAUACAGCAUCAACGGUUUUCCGGCUGAGCUAACACAAGAUGAAGCCUCUAGACUCAAAAAGUAUAUAAAUCUUUUCAAAUUAAAAUGAAAAAAAACAAAUGACACCAGAUUUUUGUUUUCUAAAUAUUGGAAAGGAGAACUACUUAAACAAAAUUUUGGGAUUUUACCAUGGUUAAAGUGAAAGAAAGAAAUAACUUUUUUGUAACUCACUCUCUAGUAUUCCGUAUUUUCUUUGUCAGAAAAAAUCAAAGAAACACUUUCAUUGUCAUCACUAAGGCUGGACAUAAUAACCACACCAAAAAACUGACUUAGAACCAAAAAAUAAGAUAUCAAAUUCGAUUGGACCCGGUUUCAGCAUGUUCUUUUUCAAAACCUGAAAAUCGAUAUCGAAUUUAACCUACAUCGAAAACCGAAUGAGUAUCCAACAUAUUCAAACAUAAAUUUUAGUCAUAAUUAUAAUAAUAUUAAUAUCUAAAAUUAAAUUACAAUAAGAUAUAUUAGUUGUUUUAAGUAUUUAUGGAUAAAAUAGAUACUUAAGAUGGUGGAACCGUGGAAGCAUCCUAACUUAUUGGUUAAGGUUUAAAGGCUUCUACAUCCAGGUCUGGGGUUCGAAUCCCAGACUAUGCAAUUUAUUGCAGAUUACAGGAAAUCCAGGUUUCAAGUUCCGGAGAGAGCGGUUUAUUAAACAAUUAUGCAGACUACAUAAGAAAAACUUACAAGGAAUCUUCAACAUGGUGCAAAUAAAUCUGGCCAGGCGUGGAUCUUCAUAGGACGGCUCAGGUGAUGCAGUUAGGCGUAUGAGAGUAUUGUCGAUUGUCGAAUCGUCUAUGUAAUCUUUUUCAUAUCAUAAUUGUAAUAUCUUAAUAAAUCAGCGUAAAAAAAAAAAUACUUAAGAUACAAAAUAUCUAAAUCAAAUUGUAUCCAUGUUUCCUUUCACAUAAAAUAACCAAUUUGAAAUAUGCCUAAUGAGUACUUUUGUUAUUUUGGUUAAGUACACGAAUCCAAGGCGGGCUUAGGACAUGGGGGCAAGGGGGCAUGAGCUUCGGAGCCCAAACAUUUUUUAACAAAAAUGAAUGCCACACUUUCCUCUCUUCUAAGAGCAUCCACGUAUGCAUUUUUGAUGAUUGUGGGGCCGCCUACUUUUUGGUUUUCUCGGCCGAAUGAUUUGUAGUUUGGUCUGAUUAUCCAUGUUUUGGUUUGAUAAAAAUAAGAAAAUAAUAGUUUGGUCUGAUUCUCCGUUCGGUCCGAUAAAAAGGUAAAUCAAGUAAACGCCGCGUUUUGUACUUUCGUCGAUUAGGGGCUUCAUCGUUUUCCUUCUUCCACAGCUGAACUUGCCGUCCCCGUUUCUCUUAAUCUGCAAAGUUUCUCUUCUCAUCUCUUUACCUCCCCUGUCGUUCAAUGUUUUCUUUAAAUUCAACAAUAAUUGUUAUUCACAUUAAACUCUGUAACGAUUCCGACCUCUUCGUUUCUUGUACGUAACAAUCAAAAUGCAUUCCGUCUCUUCAGUUCCCCUCCUUUCUCCUAUAUAUUUCAGAGGCUUCUACCUCUUGACCCAUACACAAAAGAGAAGCUGAAAAAACACGAUGAUUGCAUGGCAAAGAAUCGCUAGAUCCUUCGCAAUGGCACAUUCAUCAACGGCUCCGGCUAUUCUCCUUCUCAACGACAUUCUUCCCGGAGGCGAGCUGAGAAGACCGAAUCUGGAAGGCCUCCUAAUUGGUCUUGAGAUGAUGUUGAUAAAAAGAGGAAGAUAUAUAGAAGCUGGUGCUGCUGAUUCAUAGAUAUUAACGAUCAGCUUCGGCGCUCCAUGCUUAUCUCUCAGCUUGGGAGUUGGAAGCUGCCAUGGAAUUGUUACGUCAUGAGAGCUCCAUUCUUCACCAUUUACACAAGAAAUUCAUGCUGAGGAAGUUUGACCAUCUCCAAGCUUUUGCAACCACAAACUUAGAACUCUCAGAUUUGUUUCGUAUUUUCGUUUGGUUAUUUUUUGUAUAAAUUAUUAUAGAUGAUUUAUUACUGAACAUAAAACAAAUCAGCUAUACUAUCCAAUUUAUUGUUUGGUGAACAACUCCCACAAUGCUUUGAAGAACAUGCUGGAAAAAAAUUGUUUUCCAAAUAUGUGUGACACCGUUAAAUUUCAUCCCACACCACCGCACUUUCACUGUUGCUGGUAUCAGUGACCACAUCAACCCCGAGGUAUUAUGAUAUAAUUCUCAGGAAUUUUAAUCAUAAAAUUCAUGCUAUACUAACACAUGUUCAUAUGUUUUCCAGACUUUCAACACCAAUGAAGCUCCAUUUGUUGGAGGGGAAGCUGCCAAGCAUCGGCUUCUGCCAGCAACGAGGUUUAAGGUCAAGGCGAUGACCCAAAUCCAUCCGGUGUUAAGGGAAAGUAGGGUAGCCGCAAGCACCCCCGUGAGUGAAGUUACAAAACUGUGAAACCGUCAACCCAACUCUGCUUCGGUCUCUUUGCAAUUCUUUAAAUUACUAUGCAUUUCUUAUUUCGGAUUUUGCAAUAUUUUUCAUGUUUCCAAGUUUUUGAAAAAGCCAUUUACGGCUACAUACCUCAUAGGAGAGGAAUAAUUUCUAUAAUUUAAUAGUUAAAAUGUGUUAACGUUAUAUUAUGCAUGCUUGAAACAAAAUGCAGAAGAUGUUAAGGUAAGGUUUUGGACCAUGUAUAGGAAGGAUAUUGACUUGGUGUUGUUUAAAGGAGUCAAAUGUAGUUGAUGGUUAGAUUUUGGUAGUAGUGAUGAGUUGUUUUCCUGCUGGUGCAGAAGAAGAUAAUAAUCUAGAGGGUGAAAUUAUGGAAGAGACAAAAGAAACAAAAACAUUGUGGAAGAAGGCAACAGAGAAAAAGACGGAGCAGUAGAUGUGAAGAAAGAUUGAGGCUUAUGUUAUGCUAAGAUUUUUCUAAUACUAUUUUUGCUUGAAAAUGGUUUGUAAUGAAAUGGUAUGAAGGACAUAGUUUCAGUUUCACUUCUCUUUAUUUGAGAUUUUUACAGAAUUAACUUGCGUCUCACAGGGAACAUUCCAAGGAAAAACAGCAAUAUUCUACAUAGUGUUAUCAAGAAAAUUAAUGAACAUAAAACAAUGCCACUUUUGUGGUCUUCGACAGAAAAAUGCUUAAACUCACAAAAAAUAAAUGCAGCUGCUUUGACUCUAAAUGAGAUGAAUGGUGGUCUCGGCGAGGAAUUCCAACUAUGCCUUGUGGAACUUGCUGGGAAAUAAUUUGUUUUCCAGAUACGUGUGACACAAUAUAAUUUCAAACAAAACCACCGUACCUUCACUGUUUCUGGAACCAGUGACCACAUCAACCACGAGACUUUCAACACCACUGAAGCUCCAUUUGUUGGAGGGGAAACUGGCCAAAUAUCCGAUUCUGCCAGCAACGAGAAUGAAGGUCAAGGAGAUGACCCAAAUCCAUCCAAUGUUAAGGACAACGAGGGUGGCCACAAACGCCACGUGAGUGAAGUUACAAAGCUUUCAAACCGUCAACCCAACUUUGCUUCUGUCACUUUAAUUUUUUUAAAAUUACUUACCAAUUCCUUAUUUGCAAGUUAUUAAAAACCCAUUUACGACUAAGUACCUCAUCAGGGGAGAACUAUUUCUAUGAUUUAAUAGUUUAAAAAAGGUUGACGUUAUAUUUACUAUGGUUGAAACAAAAUGCAUAACAUGUUAUAUACAUGAUAAAAUCAUAACGCAAUCAACAUGAAGGAAUGAGAUAUUCUUUGCCUUGGCGGCCGUUCUCUUCAUAUAUAUUUGCGUUUAAUGAGAUAUACAAACUUAAACAUUCUACACACACAAUUACUCAUUUCCCUCUUUUCCUCACAUUUCAUACUAAACUUUGACUUUCUCACAUACAACAGCCUAUUAUAUUGUUUUUCCAUCUUCAACAAUAGAAGAAACUUAAAGGGUCGACGACCUAUUUCCACACCAUAACUAUCAUAUAGUAACAGAUCCACACAAACUUUCAACCUCGUCAUAAUUAGACACAAUUAAACUUUCUCAACCUAUUUCCACCCAAUUUUAAAGAUCGAAACUCGUUUCCACACAAAAUUAAGAAAUGAUCUAAAAUCCACACAAAACGGUUUACUGUUGGUUAAUUAGGCUUUGAAUAAAACAUUAACCAAUAGUUAACCUAAUUAUACCAAAAUGACCCGAUUAGAAAGGGUUAACCAAUAUAAAGGAUCAGUUAACCCAAAUUUCGAAUUAAACCCUCUAACCCGACCCGGAAACCCUAGAAUUAAAAAAAAAAAUCCCAAAUCGUGUAUGUCGUUGUCUCUCUCCCGACGAAAAGAAGCGCCAUUGAAACAGAAGAUUAAGCCACGCCAUCCCUACUCCGGUUGGUUCCAGCCGUCGAAACUGAAGAAACAAGGUGAGUUCUACACCCUUCUUCUUCGUUUGUCUCUUUUGGUUUCGAUUCCAUACAUUAACAAUUGUGUUCAUCAUCUUCUUUUUCCAGAAAUUAAGAAUGGAAUCUUGUGUUGAUGUGCCUGUUGAUUGGCAUGACGUUCCUGAAUUAGAGUCAAAGAGUCCCGAAGUUGAAGUUCCUGAAUUCCGGUCAGAGAGUCCCGAUGUUGAAGCUCCUGAUGUUGACUCUGAUGGUGAAAAUAGAAGAGAGCGCAAUGACUAUGAAAUUGAGAAAGAAGUAAUGACUUGGGUUGAUGAACCUCGAGUGAAGCAUAAUUUCUAUCCAGAGACAGAGGAUGAUAGUGAAGAAGAGGGAGAGGAAAUUCAAAAGACGGUAUAUCAGCGUAAUGAUAUAAAGAGAGGCAAUGGAGAGCUGUAUGUAGGGCAAGUCUUCAUUAGUGGGAUUGCGUUUAAGGAGGCAGUGCUGGACUAUGCUCUGAAAAUGGGUCGGAACAUCAAGCAGAAUCGAUAUGAUAAAACAAAGAUUGGGUUUGUGUGUGAAGGUAAAGGCUGCUCAUGGCGUAUAUACUGCUCAACCUCAGGAAAGUCUCCUAAUAAAUGGCAGGUGAAGAUACUGAAGAAAGAUCAUAGCUGUGUUCCUACUGGCACAUGUGAGAUGCUCAAAGUACCCGCAAUAGCUCGCUUGUUCGUUGAUAAGAUCAGAGAAGAACCUGAGUAUUUUAUGCCGAUGAAGAUUGAGGAGCUGAUUAUGGAGAAAUGGAAGAUCAGAGUAACAAGGCCGCAAUGUCAACAUGCUAGGAAUAAAGCGCUCAGAUGGAUUGAAAGAGAGUAUGAUGAGCAGUUUGGAAGGUUGCGUGAUUACUGCAGUGAGAUAAGGGAAUCGAAUGUGAAUUCUUCUGUUGAGCUUGACUGCGUGCGUAAUGACGAUGAGGUUGAUGUCUUUAACAGAUUUUAUGUCUGCUUUGACAUCAUUAGAAGAAAUUGGAAAGAAACUUGCAGGCCUCUAAUAGGAGUUGAUGGCUGUUUUUUAAAGUCUAGGAUGAAGGGACAGUUGCUGGUGGCUUUGGGACGGGAUGCUGAUAACGCGAUUUACCCAAUCGCAUGGGCUGUGGUACAAGUUGAAAACAAGGUUAACUGGUUGUGGUUUGUGAGGAAGAUCAAGGUUGAUCUAGGAUUAAAUGAAGGAGACGGCUAUUUCAUGGUUUCUGAUCGUCAAAAAGGGUUGAUUGCGGCUGUGAAGACAGAGCUGCCGCUUAUUGAGCAUAGAAUGUGUGUGAGACACAUCUACGGUAACUUGAAAAAAAAAUAUGGGAAGAAACCUGAGAUGAAGCCAAAGAUUUGGAACCUUGCUUGGAGCUACAACGAGGGAGACUAUAGAGCAAAUCUGUUGGACAUAUUUAGCUACGAUCGAGACGUUUAUGAUGAUGUGAUGAAGUCAAAGCCCGAGAAGUGGUGUAGGGCAUUCUACAAGCUCGGACCCUUUUGUGAGGACGUCGAGAACAACUCAACUGAAUCAUUUAACAACUCAAUAGGUAAAGCUCGAGAGAAGCCUUUUGUACCGAUGUUGGAAACAAUUGCUCGAUUAGCAAUGGUUCGAAUAGCAAAAAGGGAUGUCAUUGCCAGCAGCCACGAAGGUCUUUGCACACCAUAUGUGAUUGACAUGCUGGAGACUUUGCAUGAGAAGGCUUCGGCAUGCACGGUGAACCCGUCGACGAACAUGACAUAUUCUUCGACUCUUCAUGGAUGUGCACAUAGAGUGAGCUUGGUAAAUAGAACUUGCAGUUGUAGGAGAUGGGAGAUUACAGGGAUUCCUUGUGAGCACGCAUAUGGAGUGAUGACGACAAGAGGAUUGGAAGCUCAAGACUUUGUGGUUCACUGGUUUAGGACAACUACUUGGAGGCAAACAUAUGCUGAAGGGAUUGUUCCGUUGCGGGGAGCAAAGUUCUGGCCCGUGGGACCAGAACCACCAAUCAUUGAACCUCCGCCACCAGAUCAACCAGGCCGAAAGAAGGAAACCAAAGCAGAUAAAAAGAGAAAAAAAGGAGUGAAUGAAUCACCAGUGAAAAAGAAGGAGAAGUUCUUAAAGCGAAUCAUGCAUUGCGGAAUAUGUGGUGAAGCCAAUCACAACGCCAGAUUCCAUAAAAAGAAUCCAAAAAAGGUGAGUUUCUGAUUUCUCUUGGUGUAUGUCGUUUUGUGUUUAUGGUGUGUGCUGUGUUUGAUUUCUCUUGUUUAUGGUAUGUGUUAUUUCAGCCUUUUUUAAGUGGUGACUCUUCUCAGCCUGAAUCUUCUCAAGGUGUUUCCACUCAAAACACUCAUCCUAAGAAGUUUUGAAGUGAAGAAGGAAUGAAGUGAAGUGAAGAAGUGGAAAUUCUCGGAUUAAUGUGAAGUGAAGAAGUGAAGGAAAUAUUUUUUUUUGUGGUUCUAGGGCCUUGUUUCUUGCUUUUAGGUACUAGGACCUUGUUUCUCGGCAUUGUGGUCUUACUUUUUCCGGGUUCUAGGACCUUGUUUCUCGGCAUUGUGGUCUAUUAUCAUGGUUUUUAAACUCUCUUUUGGUGUGUUCAAACUCUCUUUUGGUGUGUUCAAACUCUCUUUUGUUAGGUUUGAAAUCAAUGUAUGAUAUUUUAAUUGCUUUUAGAUUUUGUUUCUCGAGAUUCUUAUGACAUAAAAAUAACUAGAACAUCUAAAAUAACAUACUUUUGUCUUCCAACAUCUUACAAACACACACUUAACAACAAAUUCAUGGUAUCUUUCAUUCUUGGAAACGACAUCCUAAACAAAGCACAUUUAUCAAACUGAAGCUAUAUUAGCUUAGAUACCACAACCAUGCUCAAGCAUCCUAAAACAACAAUCCCCAUCACUUUCUUGUUCUCCCAUUUGGCUUGAGUAAUGGCAUCUUCCAUUCUGUUAAAAACCUCUGUCUCUAACUUCAUUUCAAACUCUGCAAACCUCUUUCUCUCUUCUUCUGCACGCUCAUGAACUAUUGUCUGCUCAAGUCUGCCUAAUUGAAUUUUCAAUGCUUCUGCCUCAUCAACCAACGCCUCAUCAACCCAUUUGUAUGUGUGAUUAUCGUUACUCAGCUACAAACAAAGACAUAAGGUCUGUCACUUUAUACUUUUUGAUUCUAUUAACCCACACAUGAACAAGAACAAUGGCGUUCAUAUAAAGGGUAAACUAACCCUUUUCUCAGCCGCAAAUGCACAUCGAUAGUAUUUCCUGUAAGGAUUUGCUGUAGACUUGGACAUCAACGACACCACCAAUUCCCCACACCAACAUCUCUUUGGCACACCAACGACCCUACCUCUUGCUCGACCGGCAGAGGUUCCACUCGAAUUUCCAGAUUCGUUACUCAUCUUUUCUGGGUUUCUCACUCUGUUUUGUUCUCUAUUUUUUUUUUGAUUCUAGGGUUCCAAAAGGGAAAAUCGAUGUGGAGAAGACUAAUAGUGGUUCGGGUCGGAUACUAUUCGAUUUUAAGUUGGAUCUUCGUCUGGGUCGCGUCGUACCAAUAUCAACCGAUACCAUCGGGUUUAAUAUCGGUUAACGUUAUAAACUAUCAAAACCAACCUCAAUCUUCGUUUGUGUGGAAACGAGUUUCGAUCUUUAAAAUUGGGUGGAAAUAGGUUGAGAAAGUUUAAUUGUGUCUAAUUAUGACGAGGUUGAAAGUUUGUGUGGAUCUGUUACUAUAUGAUAGUUAUGGUGUGGAAAUAGGUCGUCGACCCAAACUUAAAUUUCAAAACUACAACUACAUAUGUAUUUGUCAACAGGGGCGUACCCACACACAUAGUGGGUGUGGCACGUGCCACAUGCUCAAUAAUAUAAACUUUUGUGUAAUUAUGAACAUGAAGAAAGUAAUAGCUCUCUUGCAUAUUCAUGUCUAAAGAUGCACCACCCAAUUCAAGUUCGAGCCUCCCUUUCUCAUCUUUUUUUCCUUUUUUUAAAAAAAAAACACUUUUAAUCACUUUCACAAACUAUAUUUCCUUUUUACCUUUGUUUUUGUGUUACCUAAACUAUUUUUCUUUUUAUAAUUGUUUUUCUUUUCUUUUUUUUUUUGUAUAAGUUUCUUCAAAAUAUAUCAUUUAUGUAAAAUUUACUCAAAUUAUUAUUUUUAUUCAGUUUGCUUUUAACAAUUAGACUAAAAUAAAACACUUUUAAUCACUUUGUCAAGAAAUAUUUUUCCCUUUUACUUUUGUUUUUGUGUUUCCUAAACUAUUUUCCUCUUUUAACUUUGUUUUUAGUCUUUCAAAAUUUUAAACACUUUAAAUCACUUUGUCACAAAAUUUUUUUUUCUUUUUUUGCUUUUGUGUUACCUAAACUUUUUUUUCUUUAAUUUUUUAUUUUAUUUUAUUUAAUAUAUGUUUCUUCAGAAAUAUAAAAUUUAUUUAAAAUU